AAGCAGCACUUGUCUCAUUUCAAAAUGGCUGUCAAUUUUUGCAGACAACGGGUGAACAUAACCCAACACAUGUUUCGUUUACAAUUUUCAAUUUUUGCAACUUCAAUCUUCAACUUCAUUAAGUUACUCCUUUGUCUUUGAGCCAUGAUGUGUUAUUAAUUGUUAAUUUGCAAUUUUUGAAAUAAAUGCCCAAUUAUGCUAGUUUUUGUAAUGCUUGCAUUUGUUACCGUUGAAAUAGUGAAAGUAGAAGUAAAAUUGUUAUUGAUGAUUGACUUUAUUAUAUCUUGAUCAUGGUGAGAUUCAAAAACAGAUAUAUCACAGUUGAAGUGGACCCAGUAAAGCUGCCUAAGAAUGAGCCAUGGCCGUUGAAAACCAGCAAAUUGUUCAAAGCUCUAAUGAGAGAAGUUGAAAAUCUUCACGGCGAUUUAGGGGUAGCAUCUAUUACUUCUGGACUAGCAGUAAAAUAUUGCAACAAAGAAACAAGGAUAGCAGUGAUACGUUGUAGGCAUGGUCCACAUCGCUUUGUGGCAACUUCCAUUCCAUUCAUUCAUAACAUAGGCAAAGACGACGUGUCAAUCAAUACCUUAUACACUGGUGCUACACUCCAUCAAUGCUACAAAUUUAUCAAGGCUUACCAAGAAAAUCAUCUCCAGAAACUCUACUCAACAUUGAAGACUGAAGAAGAACGAAAAGAAUUUGCAAAAAGUGUUUUGACUCUUCCUGAAGCAAGAAACAUUUGUGUGAGAGAGACAGAAACUUCCGAUGACAAGAACAACGAUUGAAGUGUCACUUUUUACUCCAUGUGUUGUGAAAAAUGAACUGAUAGAUAAUGGAGAAUUGAGACAAAUGUAAGUUUAAAUGUGCCAUCAAUUCCGGGGUUAAAUAGUUUGUUAAAGGACAACCUUUUUUUAAACAUUUAUUUCUCUCAAACUUUGUUUUUUGUAGAAAUUGUAAAAUGUUCCAUGUUAUGGAAUUCGUACCGAUAUUUUUCUAUAAUUUGUUGUAGCAGUCGCUGAAAUGAGAUUAUAGACUAUUUUUUGAGCUAAA